UGGGACACGGGGGGGGGGGUUCCGUGUCCAGGGGAUAGGGGGGAUGGGGUGGGGCCAGUGUCUAGGUUAAGAAGGUGCUGGGUCAGUGUGCAGUCCCCCCAGUGUGACCCCCUCCUGCUCCCUCUCCCGAAGGCCAUGUCGGGGGAGGACCUUGAGGUGCGGACAGCGGCCGAGGAUGGUUCCUCCAACGGAGGCAGCGGCUCCCCCAGCCCCGGGGACACCCUGCCUUGGAACCUGGGCAAGACGCAGCGGAGCCGGCGCAGCGGAGGCGGCUCGGCGGGCAAUGGCAGCGUCCUGGACCCAGCUGAGCGGGCAGUCAUCCGAAUCGCAGGACUCACCCCUGAGCUGUGUUCCCGGGCUGCGUAACAGAGUGACACGGGCUAAGACAACAGAAACGGAUUCUCUCACGGUUCGGGAGGCCAGAAGUCCAAAACCAAGCUGUCGGCAGGGCUGUGCUUUCUCGGAAGGCUCUAGAACAGUGGUUCUCAACCUUCUGGCCCUUUAAAUACAGUUCCUCAUGU